CGUCAGGAAGCAAAAAUUCCUCCGGAUUGAUACCGUUCCGAGCAACGCUGAAAACCAACCCCACGUGCCCCUCGCUAUCUAAUCGAUAUCGAUUUCCCCUCCAUGAUCUAAUAUUUACUACUAUCGAUCGCCAACCAUUUAUAUCUGCAUAUAUCCCCCCUACCCUUAAGACGCCCUCAUCCAGCCAAGACAGCCACCACGACCACCAUGGAAUGGGACCCAACACAAUUCUUCCGCGGCGACAGCGACAGUCCCCCCGCGCCAUUCGCCCUGCUGAUUCUCAACCAUCCAAUCAACGAGAAAGCCUAUGAUGUUUUACAAAAACAUGCCAUGAUAACCGUCUGCGUCGACGGCGGCGCCAACCAUUUCUAUGAAAUGAUGAAAGCCAAAGGGAGGGAGAACUCUCAUAUUAAGCACCCAAACAUCAUAAUCGGCGACCUCGACUCCAUCCGCCCCGCCGUCCGAACGCACUACGAAUCCCACGGCGUAAACGUCAUCUAUCAUCACGAUGAAUACUGCACGGAUUUUACCAAAGCGUUACGGUAUAUCCGCGCUCAUGUGGAUGAGAUCUUACCGUCCACCAGUACCACCACCACCACCACCACAACCGCUAUCACUAACGAGACCCAACACCCCCCCAAGAACGACAACGAAAAGGGCAACGACCUCACGAUCCUCAUCCUAGGCGGUCUAGGCGGCCGCGUCGACCAGGCCUUUUCGCAAAUUCAUCAUUUGUAUUCUCAUUCCACCGACACCACCCCCGAAUCAACCCAAACCCGAAACAAAACAGGCCAUCUAUACCUCAUCUCGGAAGAAAGUAUAACCUUUAUCCUCCAUCCAGGGAGAAAUAUCAUCCGUACGCCGCGAGCGAGAUGUAUUCCUUCCCCGUCUACACCAACACCAACACCAACACCUACUACCUCUAAAAAUACCAAACAAACAGCAGAGGAAAAGGAAAAAGAAGAGGAGGAGGAGGAGGAGGAGGGGACCUACCUCCUCGAAGAAAACGUGGGCAUGAUCCCCCUCCACGGAAUCGAACGCAUCACGACAAAGGGAUUCCAAUGGGACGUGGAGGAGUGGGAGACGGUGAUGGGGGGGCAACUGAGUACGAGUAAUCAUAUUCGGGCGGAGGAGGUGGAGGUGAGAUGUGGGGGGGCAUUGUUGAUGACGUUGGAGUUGGCGGGGAGGUUUAAGAGGGUUAUUUGAUUCUUCGUUUAUAUAUUUACUAUUCUAU